AUGACAGCUGAUGAAACUUGGAAAUUCUCCCAAUGCUUUGGAGAUAAAGGUGAUAUUGAAAACAUUACUGAAGCUGAUAUCAUAUCAACCGUUGAAUUCGAUCAUUCAGGUGAUUUUUUAGCCACAGGUGAUAAAGGUGGUAGAGUUGUAUUAUUUGAAAGAAAUCAAUCUAAAAAGAAACAAAGUUGUGAAUAUAAAUUCUUUACUGAAUUUCAAAGUCAUGAUGCUGAAUUUGAUUAUUUAAAAUCUUUAGAAAUUGAAGAAAAGAUUAAUAAAAUUAAAUGGUUAAAAAGUUCUAAUAAUGCAUUAUAUUUAUUAUCAACCAAUGAUAAAACGAUUAAAUUAUGGAAAAUUAAUGAAAGACAAAUUAAAUUAGUUUCAGAAAAUAAUCUUAAUGGUUUAAAUUCUUUACCAUCAAAUCAUAAUUUAACUUUAAAAUCUUUAAAAUUACCUCAAUUACAAAUUCAUGAUAAAUUAAUUAGUGCUCAACCUAAAAAGAUUUAUUCAAAUGCUCAUGCUUAUCAUAUUAAUUCAAUUUCCAUAAACAGUGAUCAAGAAACUUAUUUAUCUUCAGAUGAUUUAAGAAUUAAUUUAUGGAAUUUAGGUAUUGCUGAUCAAUCAUUUAAUAUUGUUGAUAUAAAACCAACUAAUAUGGAAGAAUUAACUGAAGUUAUAACAAGUUCAGAAUUUCAUCCUAAUCAUUGUAAUAUAUUUAUGUAUUCAUCAUCAAAAGGUACCAUUAAAUUAGCUGAUAUGAGAUUAAAUUCUUUAUGUGAUCAACAUGCAAAAAUUUAUGAAGAAUAUUUAGAUCCUUCAUCUCAUAAUUUUUUUACCGAAAUUACUUCAUCAAUUUCUGAUGUUAAAUUUAGUAAUGAUGGAAGAUUUAUUGUUUCAAGAGAUUAUAUGACAAUUAAAAUUUGGGAUUUAGCCAUGGAAAAUAAACCAAUUAAAACUAUUAAUGUUCAUGAACAUUUAAGAGAAAGAUUAUGUGAUACUUAUGAAAAUGAUGCUAUAUUUGAUAAAUUUGAAGUUCAAUUUAGUGGUGAUAAUAAAUCAAUUAUGACAGGUUCUUAUAAUAAUAAUUUUAUGAUUUAUCCAAAUGCUAUAAAUGAAGAAGAUGAUGAUGAAGAAAAUGAUGGAGAUAAUGAUCAAGAAGAAAUUAUAUUACAAGCUGAUAAAUCUGCAUUUAAAUCAAAGAAAUCAGGAGGUCAUAAUCCAAUGAGAAGAAGAAUGAUGAGUGGAAGUGGAGGAUCAAGUCAUAAUAGUCAUUCAUCAAAUGGAAGUAAUCUGAAUGAUUUUGAUGAAAUUGAUUUUAAAAAGAGUAUAUUACAUUUAUCAUGGCAUCCAAAAGAAAAUUCAGUUGCAAUUGCUGCUACUAAUAAUUUAUAUAUUUUCUCCACUUUGUAA